CAGCACUCAGGGUUUAUUUUUGGAAUGCCAUGGCGCCCGUUCCUUCCAUUUGUAGGAAGGGGGGUCGAGUUGGUCUCAACAUGAACCUGCCGUUCUGACACUCCAGGCUGGGACAAGCAGGCAGCAGCUGGCCGGCCACCCCCAAGCAGCAGUCCUACAGGGGAAACCUGCCUGGAGCGCUUUAAACUCCACCAAUAAGUUCUUCACCUGGGUGCAGAAGCAUUCAUGUCUGUUGCUUAUGGCACUAUCCACCAGCUGGGCCUGUUUUCCCAGCAGUACCCUCCACCACUGCUGCCCAAGCCUGGAAAAGACAAUGUCCGUCUACAGAAACUCAUCAAAAGGACUGCAAAGAAAAAGGCCUCCACCCAGACUUCACAGUCUGCUACACCCUUCCGGUCGAGCCUUUCCCCUGUAAAUGAAGCAAGCCCUGACCUGGAGCGCAGUGACCACUCAACUUCCCCUCAAACACCAGAGACACUCCCUCGACUCCACAGCAUCCAGCAACCUCCACGGUUCACCGUCAGGCCACUGUAUCAACAUGUGCCGUCCCCUUACCCACAGAGGGCAGCUUUUGGUCGAGCAGUUAGCAUGUCGCCUCCCAUGGCGGCCGCCCCUUCAUGCACGUACUCACACCACAUCACAAAAGCGUCAUUAAGUUCUGCUUCAAAUCAGGUUUCCAAAGUCUUAGACUCUCCAGGAGAAGCAAAGCAAUCACUGCAAUACUCCUCUGUGCCCGAGGUAAGCAUACAAACAACUGAACUGAAAACAUUUACUGAAAGCCAAGCUGGUUUGAGACCUACCCCUUAUGUAGGUACCCCACAUUCAAAAAUCACAAGUUCAGCUGCAACUCAACAUCUGGUACCAGCGGGUCAACCUGUGGUUCGGCCUCUUACGGUGUUGACCCCACUCAUAAAAUCUAAAAGUCCACGUCCAACAUUUAAAGCAACUGAGCCUUCAAAAUCACCAAAGCCGAUGUUUGAWGUGCCUCAGAUUAGAAUGUACACAGCAAGCACAUCUUAUUAUGAAACAUCCAGGACACCUCCAGUGUAYGACACGGCUGGAUUAACUGCUAUUGGCAGCAUAAUACCUCAAAGUAAAACAUUAGCAGAAACAAAACAAGAAGUGCUCACAGCAUCUGAGACCAGAGGAGGGAAGGCGACAACGACAACAACACAGCCUCCUUUAUUAGACGUAGAUCCUGGUAGAAAGACUCCAACAUCAGAAGUUAAAGUAGCUGGCCCAAAGGCUGAAGUAAGAAGAGUCACUCCAACGAUAGAAACCCAGCAAGUCACUCYAGUGUCAGAAAUCAAACGAGUCACUCCGACAGCAGAAAUCAAAAGAGCCACUCCAACUCCAAAMAUAGAAACAACAAGACCAACUCAAACAGCUGAACAUAAAACCACUACUCCAACAUCUGAGGUCAGAGUUCAAACACCAACUUAUGAGCUUCUGUCGUCCAGGCGACCUAAAACUCCAGCAUACCACAUUAGCCGAGCCKCAACCCCUGUCUUUGAAAUCUCACGACCCAAUCCUCUUUUGUUYGCGGUGUCGCCAAUCACAGUGGAUCCAGAGAGGUCAAGGUCACCCCAAACAAUUUCUACUGUGAGYACUUCAUUGCCCUCCCUUAAUCUGAAGACAACAGAGUUUCCUGAAAUUUUACUAAAUGGGGAUGUUCACUCUGAUGUGACACCUGCAGACAACUCUAUAAAACAAAGUAUUACAAAGUCAAAAUCAGAGUCUGAUCUAACAAGAAAAGUGACCUCGGUUUCAGCGGUUGGCUCUCAAAGAGCUGUAACUCCUAUAUCUGUGUCGGCAACACAAGUAGUCACUGCCUAUCAAAGGCCAAAAACUCCAACUUAUGAAGCCUCUCGCCUUUUGACCACAUCACCAGGCUACAAAAAGCAAAAGACGUUAACAUCAUCUAUUUCACAUGUGGCCUUUCAGAGACCUAAAACCCCAGACUCUCAAAUGUCAAAGUCUGCUUACCGUGGACUUACACCAGCUGAGUAUGCUGCUUACGGUGGAAUCAAAACAUAUUCACCUGCAUUUGGCAUUACAACCUCAGUGAUACCAACACAAGAUGAGGUUAAAGUUGAAAAGGAAGUUUCAAAACAGAGUAGMCACAAAGCAAUUGUAAAGGAACAAUCAACGGUUGAACUUCUUGAAAGACAGGACACCUCUAGAUGUGAAGAAAAGCUGGACCAGAGUCAUGUAAAGGCUGGUUCCAGUGUCACAGUCCCAGUCAUUGUGGUUUCAACACCAUCUGACUCAACAGGAACAAUAUCAAUACAAGAUCCAUGUACAGCAACUAGUCCAGUUGCAGCAAAACAAGCGGCAAUAGUGACUCAAGAAAUGCCAAAAGUGGUGGCUGUGCCUUCUGAAAACCAGAAGGAAAAAACCAUAGUAACUACACUGACAAAAAUAAAAGAUCCUCUUCUAAAAAGYGGUGACCAAGAUUCCCUGAAGGUUGUAAAAAAACUUUUGAGUAGAGGGAAGGCCCAGACCGAUGAGGAAAAAGCAAAAUCUGAUGUAAAAUCUGACAAAUCYGUCAUCAUAGAACCACCUGUUACACAGAUUAAGCAUGAAAGUUCAAAAUCAGUUCCUGCUUAUCCUACUCCGCCUGUUGAGUUAACUGAAAGCAAUAAAAAAGACAACACAGAACCAUGUUCAGCAGAUAAACCUGACAAAAAUGGCACUAAUGACUCCCCUGCAGCAGCAGCAGCAUCUCUUCUUAAUGUCAUGCAAAAGUCAAAGGGCAUGAAAUCAAAAGCGAGUGGGUGGUUGCGACUAAAGAAACACAUGGUGGUGGAACAGGAGGAACCAAAAUUCCCAGAGACAGGUUCUCAAGCUGAGAUCCAAGAACAGGACCAGAGUGAAGWGACGAGGCUAGARGAGAAGCCAAGUGGUCAGGAUGAGAAGCUAGCUACACCCAAAGACAUAGACACUCCAAAGGCAACCAAGAUGUGGGACGCUGUCCUCUUCCAGAUGUUCUCCUCCAAAGAGAACAUCAUGCAUCAGAUUGAGUUAAACAAAAGUGAAGAUGAAAAAAAUGAGGAGAAAAGCAAUGAGCAGAAGGAGGUCCCUUCGUUUGCGUUUAGGCUACCGGUGUUGCUUUUCAGCCCCAGGUUUGAUGCUAAGAAGCUGAAAGAAGCAGCCUCUAAACCAGUGUCAAAAAUCUCUGUUGUGUUUGAAAUGGGUCUGAUUGGGCGGAAAGGUAAAGAAGAGGAACCAAAAGACUUUAACAGGAAGGCCAGAGGGUUUGCUGCUUCUUAAACUAUGCCUGAUGUGAAAUGUCCAAAUUAAACUGUGGGAAAAAAGCUAAACUUGUUCUKUAAGUUAAURGUAGCAGAGAUCAUGUACAGCUCUACAUUAAUUUAUCUGUUAAYAUAAGACUUCUAAACCGUCUUUAGUUGCUGAAGGAAACUAAACCCCAACUUUAUACUUGACAAAUGCAUUAUAGUAUGACGGUAGCUUAACAGGUGUUAGAGGUUUUAUUUUUAUUAAGUUAGCAAAAACUAGCUGACUUGUCUUAAAUGUCUCCAGACAUCACAAAACAUUAAAGUGUUUAUGUAAUCUGACAAUUUCCACUUGCUUCUUUCAUCACACAUUUACUAGAGAUGCUGCUGAGCCACUGAAUAUGUAUGUACAUGGUUGUUGCUUSUGUACAAUCUUCCAGUAUUUUUAUAUUUAUCAAGAAACCUGCUGUUAACCCAUAAUCAAAAUAAAAAAAAYWUUUUUUUUUACCACAUUGUAUUAUUUGCCACAACAUAACACCUCUGAAUGCUUAUGUAGAGUUUGUACAUGUUUUUUCCCCUUUUCUUUGAAAACACUCACCUCAGUGACAGUUUAAUUCUCUGAAGUGUGAUUGURAAGAAGAGAGCAGCUGGAAAAUUUAUAUUAGCAACRAUGUUGCUAAUAGAAGGCACUAGUGCAUUAUCCACUAAUAAUAAACCUCCACAAUUACAAAUUUGGCAUCAGUAAUAAACAAACCACUUUGUUACGUAAUCAUUGUGAUUUUCAUUUGGAACAUUAGGCAGACACUUAUCUGAAACGGUAAACAGCACUCCAGAAGCGACUGUAGGUUAGCGUUAGAUGGAAAGCUAAGGUUAUAAAGAGAUACAUUUUAGAGGUUAUAAAGAAAUAAAUAGAGAAAAUAUAGAAUAAGGUAUUUUUUUGUGAGUUGUCAAAGUUGUAAGAGAAAAGGAUUGAAAUGCAAACAAAGUGCUGUAAAGGACUUUAGUUAGAUGUUGAGGGAUGGUGGGAUGGUAGAAAGCUCUGCGCUUCUAGACUGUAGUUUACUUUUUUUACUAAGCAUCAUCUGCCCUUGAUUAACACCUUUUUUGGGGGGUGGACAAGAGUCUACUUAUCAUAGCACUCCAUUUGAUCUAAUAGACUAGAUAAUAAAGACUAAUUAUUUUCAAAAUAAAGAUUUUCAUCAACAAAAGCCAAUUUUCAUCUUCUUUUUUAGGGAAAGAAUUUGAUUUAGAAGUCAAACCCAAACUGUCUGACAUAUUUAACUUUUGCAGUGUAAAAAAUAACCAUCUAUGUACUAAAUGACACCUUGAAAUAAUGUUYAAUUGCCACCACGUCUCAUGUUUUAAUAGAUUAAGAUGCACACAUGAAAAAAUAAAUAAAUAAAACUCACAAUUACAACUCUA